UCAACCCUGGUGAAGGCCCAUGUGCUGAAACGCUUGAUAGAUUUCAUCUAAAAGUAUGUUUAAAAUGUUCCAGGGGGAAAAGGAACUUGAUUCCCCUCUCGCAUAUCUCUUCAAGUUCCUCAUUCCUGACUAAAUUUCUCACCUUAUGGUUUAGCAGACGUCACAAAGGUCUAUGUUCAUGGAGGUGUAAACGGGUAUAUAUAGAAGGAUGAGCUGAAGAAGCUGAGAGAGUCGGGAACCGGCACUCUUUGGUGAGACCUUUGCGUUGGUCCCAGCUCUGACAGAUUCUGUUUUCCAUUCCUCAUCACGUCCCUCUUCCAGAGCUCCAUCAUGAUCCUCCUCGCUCCAGUGCUGCUUCUGCUGGCUCUCUCUGGAUGUUCCAGUAAAGUCGUAAACAGUUUUAUCCAGACGUGUCCUGAUUUCUUUGCUAACCCAGGAGGAACUCUGUCUCCUCCAACUGUAUUUAGAGGAAAUAAUUACAAACAGAUCUGCCAAAUUCGAGGCAACACCUAUGGAUAUGCAACACUGUAUGACACAGCAAACAGGAUCCCCGUCUACUCAGCCUACAAGUUUGACGGUUUGAUGCAAUGUACAAGACUGAACAACUGGUACAUUGAACCUCAGCUUGAACAAAUAACUAAUAGCCCAAAGAUGGCGCCUGAAAGCAGCGUGACCAAGAUACAAAAUCAAGCUGUUAAUGAAGACUACGAUAAUUCGGGCUAUCAUAGAGGACACCUGGCUCCAGUCUACCACGCCACGUCGCAGAGCUGCUCUGAUGCCACCUUCACCCUCACCAACGCCGCUCCACAAGACAGCUCAUUCAACACAGGCCAGUGGAGGAAGACAGAGAAAGAUGUGGCUGAAACUCUGGGGGAGAAGUGUAAGGGAAAUUCGGCCUAUAUCGUCACCGGGGUGGUUCCUGGGCCUGAUAAACUAAAUAACAGAGUUCGUAUUCCCAGUCACUUCUGGAGCGCUUACUGCUGUCUAGACAACAAUCUGAAAGUGAAAGCUGCAAGAGGUUUCAUAGGAGAGAAUGAAAAUGACCCAGUGCAGGAAAUGUCAAUCAAGACACUGAAUAGAAAUCUGAGUGAUCUGUAUGGUAAAGUUUUCCGCGUAUUUGGUGGUAACUGUAAUUAAUCCGGCUCUGCUCCUUGAGGUUGGUUUCAACAUCCAAUUCAGUCUCACCAAAAAGAAAAGAAAGAACUCCAAAUCAUGUUGGAGAACAAUCUAUGCAUCAGAAAAUAAAAUAAAAAAAACCUCUCUCUUUCUCUCUUUACUUACCUAAAGAAAUCUGCGCUGUGUUGAUUCAUUUUUGCUUUUUGUACUUUUCAUGAAUCAAUUUCUGUCAACGAAUUUUCACAAAUCAC